CUAACCUGGAUCUUCACAGGUCCAAGAUUCAAGAUUUACUGGUCGGUUACUUGUAAAAGUGUGUACAGUGGUCAAGUUGAACAGGGAUUACGGUAAUGUGGUGACCUGGUAACUGAAAAUUGUCUGCUCAGGGGUCACCUUCUAACCCGUAUCUUCACGGGUUUGAUUUCAAAGUGUCUAAAGGAGUCGAUAGCAAUGUAAGCCUCUUCUGGUUUUACAGACAGACAAUAGUUUAUUAAUGUUACAUGUCCCUUGUUAGGGUUCACUCACCUCUGCUUUGUUGCAUAAAUCCUAUUGCUUUCUAUGUCCAUGGGACUUAUUGUCAUGCUCUGAGGUAUAUUUCACUCCUAAUCAGCAUACAUCAUAUUUGAUACUUAGGAUCAUGUAAAGCAGUCACAUCUCAGCAUUCGGACAUGGAGGUAAGACAAUACACCAUGACAAGCAAGCCAUCUAGAAACUAACCAUCCUUUUGGAGACACAAGAUUCACAUGCAGGAGAAACCAUGGAUUGACAACAAAGUUCAAUGUGCUUUUGGCAGGAAGACCUCAACCACUGUGCUGUGAAAGACUACGCUGGAAAUAGAAAGCUGUAAUGAAUCUGACAACAUUGGAUGCAAGUGAUCUUGCACUAACAGAGAGAAGUGAUGUGGAGAUAGCUUUACUCUCUGCUUUCAUCAUCUUCAUAAUCCUCCUCGCAAUCGCUGGCAACAUGGCCGUCAUAUUUGCCAUCUACACCAGCCAUCACCUUCAGGAGGAGAUGUCAAACAUAUUCAUCGUUAACCUCAGCAUUACAGACCUGACGUCUGCUGUGGUCGUCAUGGGCUCCGCUAUGGUCGCGAUAAGUACAGACAGUUGGCCCAUGGGGCAGGCAUGGUGUGAUAUAGUGUGUGCCGUCAACUACUGCAUGAUCAUUGUGUCCAUGCUCAACCUGUGCUUCAUCAGCGUGGACCGCUACAUCGCAAUUGUCCACACACUGCAGUAUAAUUUACUCAUGACCAGACGCAAAAUCUUCAUCAUGAUUGCAUACUCAUGGUUUCAGGGGGCAAUGUUUGCAUGUGUCCCAGUGAUCUUCCGCUGGGUCAAAUAUGAUUACUGGGAAGCUAUAUGUGCCAUUCAGUGGCAUGAACAACGUGAUAAAGCUCUGUACUAACGUCAUCAUUGCAUUUAUUAUGUGUUUUUUUUUACCUGGACUCAUCCUGUUCGUUUGCUAUUGUCAAAUCCUCAAAACUACCAAAGCAAACCAACAAGCAAUUGCCACUCGUGACUCUAACACUCAAACGGUCCGUGUCAAGUAUACCACCAGCUCCAAAGCCAUGUAUGGUUUGCUGGUGGUCGUAGUGGCGUACUUUGUGCAUGACGCCGUUCAGCGUGACAAAACUGUACAAGGUAUCAGCAGCGGAAGACCAUGUAUUGCCAGACUAUCUGAACCUCAUUGCAAGUCUGACCGGCUACUUAUCCAGUGCGGUCAAUCCUCUCAUCUACGGGAUAUUCAGGAGGGAUUUUCGUAAAGCUUUUGAGCUGGUGUUUAAAAAGAUACUUGCUGAAAGAGCAGUUGUCCCUGCAAGCCAUGAUAUAAAUUUGUCGGAGUAGAACUGAAGACUAUCUUUACACACGUCUGAACAUUUGUGAUACCGUUACAUCCAUUUUGUACAGAGGACAUCAGAUUUUACAGUUGUCACCAUGCCACAUCAAUCUGACAAGCAUUCAUAAGACUUCAACAGAUUCCAUUUACAGACUUAUAUACUUGGUAACAGAUAUAAUAGCUUAUAUUUAGGGAAGAUCUUUAUUUUGUACUUAUCUUUUUAUCAAUGUUUGUCUGUAUUGGUGAGAUGGGAAGUUUCAGACUGUAACUGACAGAUUAAAGGUGCUUAUAUACACUAAA